AUGUCGAAACGUACAAUGUUCACCACCGUCACCCCGUUGCCCGCCGGCAUCAGUCGUGAGACCGUUCUCGGCACCCUCCAUGGUCACACGGAGAUGAUAGAUCUGAACCCUCUAGUCAUCGAGCGACAUCCUAUUAAGCCUCCACGAGAAGCUAGCCCCGAGGAGAUCAAUUGCGAAUGGUAUUCUGUGACAGACAAGAUCACCUACAUCCCGGGCGUAUACACGGGCAAAUUGACCUUCAGGGCCUGCUUCCAUGACCUACCUGAUGGCCUACAAAGUCACAUCCUCGCACCAACUGGACUAGACAUCAAAGGCCGAUGGACACUUGGAGGCUCCUUGCCUGGCGAACCUCGCCAAGCUGUGGAAAUUGGGCUCAAUCUGCCGAAGGUUGGGCUGUGGUUGAAAGAAGAUGUAGAUAUGAAGUGCAACAUGAUGGCAACAGGCUUCGUGAAAAAAAGCACCAAGAAAGCGCACAGCACGCUCGUGCAAAGACUGAUCGAGAAAUCCCACUUGAAAGACAACGAAGCCUACAACCACGCGCUAGCUGAGCAAGUGGAGUUACGGAACUCGUAUCCUCCAGACUACCACUCAAGCACUUCAAUGAUGAGUCCAAGCUCGACAUACAGCUCCCCACCUCAAGGUUAUGAUACCAAACCGCCUAUCCAGCAGCAUGCUUCGUAUUCAAGUGACAACAGGGGUAGUGUAGUCAGCGGUAACUCUAGCUUCGAUGACGCAGAACAUCCAUACUACGCUGCUGCGAAACCAGCGCCGCUACAACCGCGCCAGUCUCAAUCAUAUCGACCAUACCCCCAAACUAUACCGACACAGGAGCUGCCUGUUCAUCAGCCGUACACGAAUCAGCUGCACACCAACAUCACUGUCGAGCUACCAGGUCAGGAGGCGAGGACGCCUAUUGAGAUUGAAAAUGCACGCUCAGUUCACCCUCAAUCCUGA